ACAGUCGGCGAGAUGCAGUCGAUGCAAAUGGCAGCGCGACGGGCCGCCGCCGUGGCCAGGCUCCAGUCGGGGCUGGGUGCUGGUAGCAAUGCUUCGGCUCUUGUGACGGUGCGAGCCGCGUCUUCUCAGGUCCACGAUGAAUGGCUGGCCAAGGCUACCAAGGAGAACAAGGGCCAAGAUCCUUAUGAGGCUUUGACAUGGAAGUCUCCCGAGGGCCUGAACAUCAAGCCCGUGUACUCGGCCGAGGACACGGCUGGCUUGCCCACGGAGAUGCCCGGGGUGUACCCCUUCACCCGCGGCCCUUAUGCGUCCAUGUACACCCGGCGCCCCUGGACCAUCCGUCAGUAUGCCGGUUUCAGCACCGUCGAAGAAUCCAACGCCUUUUACCGCAAAAACCUCGAGGCUGGCCAGCAGGGCCUCUCCGUGGCUUUCGACCUUGCCACGCAUCGCGGCUACGAUUCAGACAACGACCGCGUUGUGGGUGAUGUCGGUAUGGCUGGUGUGGCCAUCGACUCAGUGGAGGACAUGAAGCGUCUCUUUGAUGGCAUCCCCCUCGACAAGAUGUCCGUUUCCAUGACCAUGAACGGCGCCGUUCUCCCCAUCCUUGCCAUGUAUGUCGUCGCUGCCGAGGAGCAAGGCGUGAAGCAGGCCGACUUGGCCGGUACCAUCCAGAACGAUAUCCUCAAGGAAUUCAUGGUCCGCAACACCUUCAUCUACCCCCCGGAACCCUCAAUGCGCAUCAUCAGCGACAUCUUCGCCUACACGGCGGAGCACAUGCCCCGCUACAACUCCAUUUCCAUCUCUGGGUACCACAUGCAAGAAGCCGGUGCGGAUCCCAAGCUCGAACUGGCCUUUACCAUUGCCGAUGGUCUCGAGUACUGCCGCUCUGGCGUUAACGCUGGCCUCGAUAUCGACAAGUUUGCCCCUCGUCUCUCCUUUUUCUGGGCCAUUGGCAUGAACUUUUUUGUCGAAGUCGCCAAAAUGCGUGCCGGUCGUCGACUCUGGGCAAACCUGAUGAAGGAAAAGUUUGCCCCCAAGAAUGAGAAGUCCCUUCUUCUUCGUACCCAUUGCCAAACCUCGGGCGUGUCCCUGACAGAGCAGGAUCCCUACAACAACGUGAUUCGUACCACCGUUGAGGCCAUGGCUGCCGUCUUUGGCGGCACACAGUCUCUGCACACCAAUGCCUUUGACGAGGCUCUGGGCCUGCCCACCGUCACCUCUGCACGCAUUGCCCGCAACACUCAAAUCAUCCUCCAGGAGGAGACGCACAUCACCAAGGUCGCAGAUCCUUGGGCUGGUAGCUACAUGAUGGAGUCGCUGACCAACGAGAUGUACGACAAAGCACUGGAGAUUAUUCGCGAGGUCGAGGACCUCGGUGGCAUGGCCAAGGCUGUGGCCAGCGGGAUGCCCAAGCUACGCAUCGAGGAGAGCGCCGCUCGCAAGCAAGCACGCAUCGAUUCCAACAACGAGGUGAUUGUGGGUGUCAACAAGUAUCAGGUGCAGGAUGCCGAGAGCGUCGAGGUUCUCGCCAUCGACAAUGCGGAGGUGCUGCGCAAACAGGUGGACAAGAUCAAGACCCUGCGUGCUACGCGUGAUCAAAGCAAAACCGACGCAGCGCUUGCUGCCCUUGAGGCCGGCGCCACCAAUGGAGAAAACCUGCUGGCUUUGGCAAUUGAUGCAGCUCGCGCCCGUGCGACUGUUGGCGAGAUUUCUUCCGCCUUGGAAAAGGUCUGGGGCCGUCAUCAGCCGUCCACUCAGACCGUCUCUGGGGCAUAUGCCGCUGAGUUUGGUGAGACGGAUGAGCUGAAGAACGUGAUGGACGAAGUCAGCAAGUUUGCAGAAGACGAGGGCCGUCGCCCUCGCAUCCUCGUGGCCAAGAUGGGCCAAGAUGGCCACGACCGCGGACAAAAGGUCAUUGCCACUGGGUUUGCCGACCUUGGCUUUGAUGUCGAUGUGGCACCGCUUUUCCAAACACCACGUGAGGUGGCGCAGCAGGCUGUAGAUGCCGAUGUGCACGUCGUCGGUGUGAGCUCACAGGCUGCCGGUCACAAGACUCUUGUUCCUGCCCUCAUUGAUGAGCUCGCUGCCAUGGGCCGUGAGGAUAUUGUUGUCAUUUGUGGCGGUGUCAUUCCCCCUCAAGACUAUGAAUUUCUGGCAAGCAAGGGCGUCAAGCACGUCUUCGGUCCUGGUACGCGCAUUCCCGUCGCGGCACUCAAGGUGCUUCACGACAUUCCCCGCGAGCAGUAAAAAGGUCUUUGUUCUGAGAAGACCCUGCUUGACCCCGCCUUUUUUGGGGGGCCGUCGAGCUGAUGCCAAAUGAAAAAGGACGUUCAGGCGCUCAAUUUUCUGAUUCAGACACC